AUGGUGAACACGCGAAGCGCGGCGCGCCGAGAACAAGAGGCUGAAAAUCCUCCGCCUACUAAUGUAAAGAAGUCUGAGGCUAGCGGAAGACCGUCGGUAAAAUCUCCUUCUGCGAGGUCCUCGGUGAAGGCGAGGAGGGCACAAUUGAUACUCGAGGCGGCGGAACAAAAGGCGCUUCUGAAAAUGGAACUCAUUGAAAAGAAGCUGGCUGCCGACCUGGCGGAGCUGGACAGCUGCGGCUCGCAGUCGCUAGCUGAUGGUGAGCCUGGUGAAGAAGAAAAUGCAUCUCGGAUUGAGGAGUGGGUGAAGACACAGCGCGUCACUAGCUGUAACGGCGAUGCGCUGCGCCCGGCACAACGGCAAGACGCUGUCUUGCAGCAAUUGGAUAACGCCGGCCCAUCUCAGCUCGGGAACGUGCAACCAAACCAGAACGGUACUGACGACGGCACUAUGCACAUGCUGGCAUGUGCGCUUAAGGACCUCGCCGCCGCCACCGCAACCACCAACGCCAACCAGGCAGAAACUAAGCUGCUUAACCGACUGUCUAUGCCAAAAGACUUACCGAAGUUUGACGGUGACCCGCUUGAAUGGCUACAGUUUAAGCAAGCGUAUGAAGAAUCUUCUCAAGUCUGCAAGUUUAGCGACCGAGAAAACUUAUGGCGACUAAGGAAGUGUCUGAACGGACGUGCUAAGGAAGCAGUCACAGCGCUACUCAUCGGCGCUACCUCUCCUGAUGUCGUGAUGUCUGCACUGCAGCUACAGUUUGGAAACAAUGAUGUAAUCAUAUCUAAAAUAUUACAAGAUAUCAACAAGCUGCGCCCCAUAGCUCACGACUACCAGAAGGAUAUUGUACCAUUCGCAAUCAAAAUCCAAAACUGUGUGGCAGCCGUCUCUGCGAUCGGCUGUGAAGACUAUUUAAACGGUAUGACGCUCGUGUCGUCAGUGUUAUCAAAAUUACCAACAGUGCUAAUAUCUAAGUGGACCGAUUAUAGUUUUCCGCUCAUUAAAUUAAAUUCAAAACCUAAGUUUAUAGUACUAUCCGAAUUCCUAAGCCUAGAAGCCCAAAAAGUGACACAGUGUAAUAUAAAUUUGCCGAAUGUCAUUCAAUCGUGGACAGUUAAAAACAAUAUUAACCAUAUGAGUAAACCAAAGUCGCAAACUGUGUUAUUUAAUUACGAUGAUAACAAAGACGUUAACAGUGAUUUGUGUGGAUUCUGCAAACUUUCUAAGCAUGCGUUACCCGACUGCAGCAAAUUCAAGAAAGCUUUGCGCAAAGUUCGCUGGAGCUACGUGAAACGCAGCAGGGUAUGCUUCAGAUGUUUAUCUGCACGGCACCGCCAGAGUACGUGUCCCGCCGCCGUGUGUGACGUCACUGCAUGCGGACAACCGCAUCAUCGCCUGCUGCACUACGUGCCGACCGCUACCGCCGAAGAGGUCGUCACCCCAAGCACGGCGACACAAUCCGGUAGUGAACCAAUUGAAGUGGUAACUCACGUUAAGACGAACGGCAACGAAUGGUCAGUGCGGUUGAAGGUGGUUCCUGUAAUGAUUCACGGACCUAAUGGUGAAUUCCGUGCAAGCGCACUGCUGGACGACGGCUCCACAGUCUCAAUGAUUAGCGCGUCGUUGGCAGCGCGCGCCGGUCUGCGCGGGCGUACACAAACCAUGCGAGUUCGUGGCGCAUGGGACAAGAACGAGCUAGUGUGUGCGGCAGAACUAGUGGACUUAAUCGUUUCUAACAAACUCGGUGAAAAGUUUAAUAUAAGUGCGCGUAGUGUCAACGAACUGAGCUUGCCAGAACAAGGGUCAUUGAACUUUAAGUGCGAGACCUAUGACCACUUACGCGAUAUUAAAGACGAUCUGUGUCUUACGUCACUAAAACCUGAGUUACUGAUAGGGCAGGAUAAUUACCAUUUAUUAUUACCUUUAGAUACACUAGGAGGCAAGCCAGGCGAGCCGUGUGCCACCCGCACACCAUUGGGUUGGUGCCUGCACGGCAGGGUACCGAAUACACAAGCUCAGCACGCCGCAUUGUGUAUGUCGGACGUCGCGCCUGUUGUUGUCUCCGCGACCGACGAGCUGCAUGAUGAGGUGCGACGUUACUUCGCGCUAGAGUCAAUGGGUGCCUCACCAUCAAAACCCCGACAGAAUGCAGAAGAUGAGCGCGCCUGGAAGCGCCUCGAACAGACUUCCACGCUGCUGGACGGAAGGUGGUAUGUCGGCCUCCCAUGGAAGGACGAAGACUGUACAUUGCCCGACUCGUUACCUAUGGCUAUGUCACGAUUAAGAGGCGUAGAACGCCGACUGAAAAUGAACAGUGGUUACGCGCAGCGAUAUCACGAACGGAUACAGCAUUUAAUUCAAAAUGAUUACGCUGAACAAUUAACCGAUGAUAAAAAUAUGUGUCGAAAGAAAGUUUGGUACUUACCACACUUCGGCGUUGACAAUCCUAAUAAGAAGAAACUGCGGUUAGUCUUCGACGCUGCCGCUAAAACAUCAGGAAUCUCUCUAAAUGACUAUCUACUAAAGGGACCAGACCUACUUAUGUCACUAUUUGGAAUUAUGUUACGGUUCCGUGAGAAUAGAAUAGCCGUAACCGGAGACAUAAAAGACAUGUUUUUACGAGUGAAGAUUCGCCCUGAAGACCAAGAUGCAUUUAGAUUUAUUUAUCGGGGCAACCCAAAUGAAGAUUUCGACCCAAACAUGCUAAACGAACCUGUUAAAACAUUCGUCAUGACGUCACUAAUAUUUGGCGCCAAUUGUUCACCGUUCGUCGCUCAAUUCGUUAAGAACAUAAACGCUCGGCGUUUCGAGUCGUCAUUGCCUGCCGCCGUAGCUGCUAUACUAACGCAGCACUAUAUGGAUGACUACAUCGAUAGCUUGCCCGAUGACCAAACAGCUAUUGAACUAGUAAAAGAGGUAACACGCAUACAUGCUCAAGGAGGCUUCGAGAUACGAAAUUGGAAUAGCAAUAGUACGGCAGUGCUUGAUAGCCUACCACAAGCGACGUUGGGCGACUCUGCUGUAAAGUUCAAAAUGGGCGAGCAAAAUGACGGCGACCGAACACUUGGUCUGAUAUGGCACACGACCGACGAUACUCUGAGGUUCGACAUGACAUUCAAAAAGAUACCAAAAGAAAUUAUUGACGGCGAACGAAAACCUAGUAAGAGAGAAAUGUUACGAGUAGUGAUGAGUAUCUUCGACGUUUACGGCUUCUUGUCACCAUUCACAAUUAACGGAAAAAUUCUAUUGCAAGAAACUUGGCAACUAAAUAUCGAUUGGGACGACUUAAUUAGCGACAAAAUAUUUAUAAAAUGGAAAAAAUGGAUUUGUUUACUGAAAUCGCUGGGAGAUAUAAAACUACCCAGAUACUAUCAAUCGGUAAUGAGUGCGAGUGGGACAGAAAAGCAUCAGCUGUCGGCUAAUGACCUCGUUGACCCUACGAGCGCUACGAGCAGCGCUACGCCCGUAGCGGACAACACCAGUGCUACGCCGCUGCCGUCGACGACGUUCAACCAAACUGUUGUGAACAGAAAUGGUUAUAGAGAACUCGAGAUGCAUAUGUUCUGUGACGCGUCUGUCAAGGCAUUCUGCGCUGUGGCUUAUUGGAGAUGGAUUGAUCACGACGAUAACAUACGUGUGGCAUUCAUUGCUAGCAAAUGCAGAGUUGCGGGGAAUAAGCCGAUUACAGUACCGCGUCUCGAACUACAGGCCGCUGUGUUAGCGUCUAGACUCGCGGAGACUAUUACUAACGAGCACAAGAUGAAAGCUGUAAGGAGAGUGUUUUGGAGUGACUCUACGACGGUACUCCACUGGAUCAAAAAUAACGCUCGUAAUUACAAGAUGUACAUUGCCAAUAGAUUGGGAGAAAUUGACGAGUUGACUCGGAUACAUGAAUGGCGCUAUGUACCGACUAAGCUAAAUAUAGCAGAUAUAGCCACACGAGAAAACUACGAUUGCUCGGUAUUACAAAAUGAGUGGCUACAGGGACCUACCUUCUUGUAUAAGCAUCCGGAAUAUUGGCCGCUAGAUGUCAUUGAACCUGCGAACAAAGAGUUGUUAGAAUGUGUAACAGUAAUUGAUAACACCCUAGAAACCUGUAACUUACCUGUACCUGAACCUUCACGCUUCUCUUCAUGGCUACGCUUGCUACGAACAACAAGUCGAGUACUUACCUUCGUUGAUAACAUUAUCAAGGCCAUCAAUAAGAGAAAACAGAUAGCUUCCACCUGUAAUCUGAAUGAUGACGUGAUGGACAGGGCUGAACGCUUACUAAUAAAGCACUCACAAGCUUUAUCAUUUGGAAGAGAGAUUAAGCUACUUCAAGCGUCUAUGGCACUACCUACUUCGAGUAAGCUACUUACCUUAUCUCCGUACCUAGAUGAGCACGGAGUCCUGCGAUGUGGAGGCCGCAUCAACGCUGCUCCUGAAAUAACUCCAGAUGUUAAGCAACCUGUCAUACUAGAUGGUCGCAGUCACAUUACUCAGCUGAUUGUGAAGCAUUAUCACCAAAGAGCUUUCCACGGCCACCAGGAAAUGGUGGUUAAUGAGCUGAAACAGAAGUACUGGAUUAUACGUAUUAGACCUACUGUUAAACAUGUUAUUUCAAAAUGCAUGCUGUGCAGAAUCAGGCGUGCACAGCCUCGACCUCCUCGAAUGGGAGACUUACCUGAGGGACGAUUGGCGCAUCAUCAGCGUCCCUUUACCCACACUGGAGUGGACCUGUUCGGACCUAUGGAAGUGACCAUAGGACGCCGCCGGGAAAAAAGGUACGGCGUGUUGUUUACCUGUCUCACUGUAAGGGCUAUACAUGUUGAGCUCGUAGGAAGCCUUACUACCGAUGACGUCAUAAUGGCUCUCCGACGAAUGGCAGCGAGACGCGGGUGGCCGCGACACCUUUACUCGGAUAAUGGUACUAAUCUGAGAGGCGCCGACAAGGAGUUGAAGAAGUGUGUCUCCGAAUUGGAUGAGAAACUCUUAGCUGACGGAGUACAGAGUUACAGCAUGACCACUAAAUGGACGUUUUCCCCCCCUGCCAGCCCACAUUGGGGUGGGGCAUGGGAGCGACUCAUCCGCUGCGUGAAAAACGCACUGAAGGUCGUGCUGAAAGAGCGAGCACCCCGAGACGCUGUUCUACAAACUCUCAUGACAGAGGUUGAAGUGAUGGUAAAUAGUCGGCCCCUCACCCAUGUGAGCGUUGAGCCGAACACUGACGAGACAUUAACACCCAACCAUUUCCUCCUUGGCUCAUCCUCAAACCUACCGACUAUGGGCACCUUUGAUGAGACAGAUACAUUUUUGCGCAAACAGUGGAAGAUUGCUCAGCAGCUGGCUGACUCAUUCUGGCGACGGUGGGUGAAGGAGGUGCUGCCGGACAUGCGUCCGAGAAAGAAGUGGCAGCAAGAGCAGAGGCCUUUACAAGUGGGUGACCUCGUUUUAAUUGUCGAUCCCGCAUCCCCACGAAACGUUUGGCCACGCGGCAUAAUUCGAAGAGUGAUGCCAGGCCAAGACGGCCGCAUCAGAGUCGCCGAGGUGCAAACAAAGUCGGGCAUAUUGCGACGACCGGUAGCACGAGUUGUGUAUAUAGCUAUCGGGAAUGAGUGCUGA